GAUUGAAAAGUGGGCCUUUACAUCAGUGCAACCUAAAAACCGAUGGGAAAGGUUAAAAGAAUUUUUUCCACAAAACCCUAAUACUUUACUGUUUCAAAUCCUUUCUCUGUUGCAAAUCGUUUAUUCUUCUUCGAGCCCACUCCUCCGUUCGCCCAACUCCUCCGUUCGCCCAACUCCUCCUUUCGCAACCGCCCACUCCUCCGUUCGCCUUCCUCCAAACUCCUCCGUUCUCCGACCGUGUUUCUUCUCCCGACCACCAUUCUUCUCCGAAACUCCUCCAUACUUCGCCGGCCGUCACAACUCACUCUCACCAAAUCCGACGGUUGAAAGCCUUCUUCUACAGAAUUCCAUCAGUUACAAUCAAGAUAAACAGUUACCACUUUUGUAAGUUCUCCUUGAUUAAGAAUCAUUCUACUUUGUUAAAAGAAGUGGAAGCAUCAAAAGAUUGUCUUGUACUUGAAGAUACAUAGCUGAUUGGAGUUCAUCUGAUUUAUAAUAAGGUUAGUUUCUUGUUGUGGCCUAACUUGAGUUGGAUAUUGAUAUGUUUAAACUUUCAGACAUAUGUAUUUUUGGGUUUUCUGAAUGUGGUGUUUUUCUUUUUAAAUUUUAAGUUAACACACAUAAAUUUUGAGAGCAAAAUUACAACUCAACACAGUUAGUUAUAAACUUUCCAAUCAAAGUUAUUAUCCAACACUAAAUUAGUUAUAAAUUUUCAAAAAAUAAUUACAACAAUAGUGGGAAAGAUUGAGUGUGGAAUAACAUGUGGGUGUAUAGCAAUAACAUGUGGUCCAACUUUUAAUUGAAAAUCCUACAUUCCUUGUUUUUUAUUACUUUUACAGUUUGUAUUUGGUAUCAUAAAAGAUUGAGUGUAAACAUUAGUGGGAAAGAAUCUUGUAAAUUGCUAGGAAUAUUGUUUCUCUACAGCAAAUGAAACUCAUAUUAAUUUGAACCUUAUCUUGCAUUAUUUGAAAUAUAUACUUGUAGUAUACUAUUGCUCCCUCCCAUAUACUAGUAUUUGAACCUUAUCUUGAAGUAUACUAGUACUCCCUCCCAUAUACUAGUAUUUGAAAUCAUGUGUAAAAUUACUUUUCUCUCGUUGUUAUUUUUUAUAUAAAAACUAUACUUAGAAUUGAUUCUAAGUAUUAAUUAAAAGAAUACUUUAGUGAGCCUAAAGUGUCGUACCUCAUAACAUAUGCUAUAACAAUUAUUUGAUAUUAUAUAAAAACUAUACUUAGAAUUUAUUCUAAGUAUUAAUUAAGUUUACGUUGUAGGUAUGGAUCGUAGUUGGAUGAGAGCUAAUCGAUUAAGUGAUGAGUACGAACAUGGGGUGAUGGAAUUUCUAGAGUUUGCUGAAAGUAAUGCUAAAAAAGAUCUUCCUCCUCCUAAAAGUAAUGCUGAAGAUAGUCACCCUACGCUAUUUUUCUGUCCAUGUGUUCGUUGUGCAAAUAAAGAACCAAAACUUAGUAAGGAAAAAAUCAUGGAUCAUCUAAUUUGUGAAGGGAUUUGUCAAAACUAUACAAAAUGGAUAUGGCACGGUGAAGUGGUAGAAAAUUCAAAUGUGUCCCAAAGAGAUAAUGUUAGUGUAGAAAUGGAUGAUCGUCUGGAAGACAUGAUGUGUGAUAUUGGACAAGAUUCGUUUAAGAGGGCACAUGCGUAUGAUAGUUUAUGCAAUGACAAGGAUACACCUUUGUACCCGGGAUGCACAAAUUUUACACGUUUGUCGGCCGUGUUAAAAUUGUUUAAUCUGAAGGCAAUUAACGGGUGGACAGACAAAAGUUUUACCGAAUUGCUUGAACUGUUGACGCAAAUGCUUCCAGAAGGUAACGUGCUGCCAAGUCGUUAUUACGAGGCGAAGAAAAUAUUGUGUCCGAUGGGUUUGGAGUAUGAAAAGAUACAUGCAUGUCCUAAUGAUUGCAUAUUAUACAGAAAAGAGUAUGUAAACUAUAACCAUUGUCCGAAGUGCAAGGCGUCACGCUACAAAAAGAGACAUGGUGAAUCUAGUGAUGAUGACGAGGUCAAAAAGGGUCCUCCCGCGAAAGUGGUAUGGUACCUACCAAUAAUUUCAAGGUUCAAGAGAUUAUUCGCUAAUGCAAACGAUGCAAAGAAUCUUAGAUGGCAUGCAGAAGAAAGAAAAUGUGAUGGACAAAUCCGCCAUGUAGCUGAUUCUUUGCAAUGGAAGAAAAUAGAUUCUUUGUUUCCAAAUUUUGGCAAAGAGUCGAGAAACCUUAGACUUGGACUUUCUACUGAUGGAAUGAAUCCGUUUGGUAAUCUAAAUACUAACCAUACUUCUUGGCCAGUUCUUCUGAUGAUUUACAACCUAUCUCCUAGGUUGUGCAUGAAGCGUAAAUACGUGAUGUUAUCCAUGAUGAUUUCGGGCCCAAAACAACCAGGAAACGACAUAGAUGUUUAUCUAAGUCCACUGAUCGAUGAUUUAAAAGUGUUGUGGGAGGAAGGGGUGGAUGUUUUCGAUGCGCAUUCUGGUGAACAGUUCAAUAUGCGUGCCAUGUUGUUUUGCACCAUCAACGAUUUUCCGGCAUAUGGCAAUUUGUCUGGGUAUAAAGUUAAAGGGCAUAAAGCGUGUCCUAUAUGUGAAAAAGACACGUGUUACCAUCAGCUUGAAAAAGGAAAGAAGACUGUUUAUCUCGGGCAUCGAAAAUUUCUAAAUCGUUAUCAUCCAUAUCGUAGAUUGCGGAAAGCUUUCAAUGGGGAACAAGAGUAUGGUGUUGCUCCAAAGCCCUUAACUGGAGAGGAAGUUUAUCAACGACAACAGGGCAUUACUUCUGUUUUUGGAAAGUACCAAAAGCGGCCUAUUGCGAAAAAUAUAUGGAAAAAGAGGUCGGUUUUCUUCGAUCUUCCAUAUUGGUCUAGUCUUGAGGUAAGACAUUGUAUUGAUGUGAUGCACGUGGAGAAAAAUGUAUGUGAUAGUGUAAUCGGAACACUUCUCAACAUUCAAGGCAAGACAAAGGAUGGUAUUAAUGCUCGUCUAGAUUUAGGCGUGAUGGGUAUACGAGAAGAGCUAACUCCACAAUAUAUAGGUAACAAGACGUAUUUGCCUCCUGCCUGCUACACUUUGUCGAAAAAAGAGAAAACAAGUUUUUGUGAGUGUUUAGAAAGUAUCAAAGUGCCACAUGGUUACUCAUCAAAUGUCAAGAGGCUUGUAUCGCUUAAAGAUCUCAAAUUAGUUGGCUUAAAAUCUCAUGACUGUCAUGUCUUAAUGCAACAACUACUACCAGUGGCUAUUCGUGGGAUAUUGCCUAACAAUGUUAGGAAGACUAUAACUAGGUUGUGCCUGUUUUUCAAUGCAAUUUGUUGCAAAGCCAUUGAUCCAUUAAAGUUAGAAGAUUUGGAAAAUGAGGCUGCAGUUAUCUUGUGCCAAUUAGAGAUGUUUUUUCCUCCUUCAUUUUUUGACAUUAUGGUUCACUUGAUUGUUCAUCUAGUAAGGGAGAUUAGAUUAUGUGGUCCAAUUUUUUUACGGUGGAUGUAUCCAAUAGAGCGAUACAUGAAGAUCCUAAAAGGGUAUACCAAGAACCCACACCGUCCGGAAGCAUCGAUUAUUGAGAGGUACAUUGCAGAAGAAGCAAUUGAGUUUUGUUCUAACUAUUUGUCGGAAGUGAAUGCUGUAGGGGUUCCCAAGUCUCGUCAUGAUGGAAGAUGUGAGGGUGUGGGUACACAAGGUUUAAAGAUCAAGAGCUUAAGUAUUGAUGUGGUUGUUCAAGCGCAUUUGUAUAUAUUGAAUAACACGGAUGAAGUUCAACCUUACUUAUAUGCUCACAAAAGCAUCAUAAAGAAAAAGUACCCCAAGAUGAGUGAAAGAGGGUUGUUAAAAGAGCAUAAUAAGAGUUUCUCUAAGUGGUUUAAAGAAAAAAUUGAUGGUGAUGAUAGUGCUUCAAAAACAAUUAAGUGGUUGUCCUAUGAGCCUAAAUGCAACAUAAUAACUUGGAGUGGAUAUGAUAUUAAUAAAACUUCCUUGUAAAAAGUCAUUUUCGCCCGAUGUAAAAACUAUUUUCUGUACUAGUGUGUGUUAGCAAUGUCUUGAGCGUUGAUACUUUAUAAUGGAUGACCAAGAUUCGUUUAUAAACAAAACUAUGUCACUUUUCCUCUUAGAUAUUUAUGAACAUCGAGGUAAUAAAUUAUUUGUUUUUUUAAUAAAAAAUAAAACAAAGGAGUUUUUUCUUCGGUUGUCAGCCCACCCGAGAGAGUCGAUUACCUCUAUUGCAAACCAAAAACGAAAAUGGUGAACUGUAAGGAAUGUCACUUACAUAUUUUACCAUCCACAAUUUUUUUUUUGGAUUGUAAUAUCUUCUCAGUAUGAUUAGGAAGAAUUUUCUCAAUGUUGCGAGUCAAUGAAAAAAUUAAAUCAUUGAGUUUUUGCCUUGGAUGACAACAUUGAGAAAUCAUUUCAAAAUGUAAAAAUAGAUUGCAAGAGGUGGAAUCAACAACCACAACGCCAUUAUGUGAGAAGGAUUGCACGAGCAGAAAAAUAUUUUGUUCAACGUUGAUAAAAUUAGUUUCUUCAAUGAAUGAAUGUAACAACAACAACACAACGUUGAGAUAUUUUAUAACUAAUUAAGAAACCUUAAAAGAUUUUUGUGUCAUGAAAUUCAUCUCAAAAAAUAAUAUUUAAGAGUUUGGAGCGGAAGCAAAUAAGUUAGAUUCGGGAGAAACGUAAUGAACGAAUGUUUAUAUAAAUAAAGCUGAGUAAUUUUUCCUCUCGAUUUGUAGUCUAAAUAAAGGAAUAGAUGACUUAAUGUUUAAUUAAAAAAUAAAAUAAAAGAAUGAUGUCAUUAUAAAAAAAAUAAAAACAUAAACUGUAGUUGCUGGGAUUUGAAGUGUUUUCCUUAGUUAGUUUUUCUCUCGGUUAUGCAUAUCAACCGAGGGAAUAUAUGGUAUUUUAAAUAAAUAAAAUUAAAGCGUGGGCCGUUUAGGAUUUAAAUAUAAGCUUUUUGUUGUGUGAGGGGAAAUGUUUGUCAUAAAAUAUAUUAUUUGUAGAAGUGGUAAUAUAAUAAAUGUAUGUUGAAAAAAAGUAAUGUAAUUUUUUUUUUUGAAAAAGCUUAGUCUUUAUUGGGUUUAGGAUGUGGUUGUUUGAUUUGGUGGUAUCUCACCUCCAAUAUGCAAAUGACGUCCUCUUUUUGGAAGUCCAUACUCUUGAGAGUCUCGGGAGUAUUAAGGCGGUUUUAAGAGAGUUUGAAUUGACUCUAAGUCUCCGGGUUAUUUUCUUCAAGAAUAGUCAUGUAAGGAAUAAUAUGGACCCUUUUUUUUUCUUCUAAGGUGAUUUCCUACACUAUAUGAUUGAAACCCCCCCUUUUAGUACUUAAACCUACUAGUGGGAGCUAAUCCUAGGCUUAAAUAUACUUGGAACCCUUUAGUCAGUUUAUUAACAAAUUGGUUUAAUUCCUGGAAGCACAAAUAUUUUAAUUUGGGUGGUGGAGUGGUGCUUAUUCAUUAUAUGCUUAAUGUUAUCUAUAUCUUCUUUCUGUAUUUUUUAAGGUGCAUGUGAAUGUUUAGAAGAAGUUUGUUAAGAUUCCGAGAAGGUUUCUUUGGGGAGUAGUGAAGAAAUCUCUUGGGUCAGGUGGAAUAAUGUUUGUAAACUUAAGAGCAAAAUGGGUUUAGGAGUGAAGGACCUCUAACUAGUAAGCCUACCCAUUUUGGCUAAAUGGAGAUGAAUAUUAAUUACAGGUGCUUCAUGUUUUUGGUGUGAUAUUCUUGUAGAUAGAUAUAGUGCCUCCAUUGUUUCCUCUCUUCGGAAGAAGGGGAAUCUCAUAUUUUUGAUAUACUUCUUCUUGGUGGAAAAUGUGUCUCUUCUUGGGUUCAAAUAGGAAGACCUCUCUAAUUGGAUCUCUAUAUUGCUUAUUGUGAGGAUCCUUAGGUAGUAUCUCUACUCAACUGGAUGGGUAAGUGGGAUAUAUGUGCCAAAUGAAAAAAGGGAACCUUGUUUGGGAUCUCAUGUGGAUAAAACCCUUCUUUCUCAAUGAGUUAUCUGAAGGUGAAAAAAAUACACAAGAAGGAGAUUCAAUUGUGUAUCUGGUAACUUUUUCCUUUUUAGAACAGCAGCUUUUGAAUCUGACCUAGUUCAAAUUCUAAGCUAGAAUAAGCAGCAACGAAAUAAUUUAAAGUGUAGAAGCAAUAAGUAAAUCACACACAAAAAUUAUCCUAGUUCCUCUAUAACGACAGUAGUACAGUACCAUUAUCACACAAGAGUUUUUCACUAUAAUCAGAACCUGAUUACAACUUGUUUAGACACACCAGUCUAAGACUUCAUGCUAAAUCACACCUAAAAGAGACUUCCUUGCCUAAACACAUCCGUUCAGGACUUCCUUUCUCAACCAACUUGAAAGAUAUUUCCUUGUCUAAACAUACCCGUUCAAGACUUCCUUGCUCAAUCAACCUGAAAGAGACUUCCUUACCUAAACUCACAGUUAAGGACUUCCUUGCUCAAUCUGACCAGAAAGAGACUUCCUUGUUCGAACACAUUGUUUGAGACUUUUAUGAAUGCUAAAAAACUAUUUAGGAUUAUAACAAGAUGUACAUGAUAUACAACCAUAGGUAUAAAGAAUACAGCACAAGCACAGAUCUUAUUACUUGAGAUUCCUAAGGUAUACAAGUGUAAGAAAAUCUCAAGUCUAUGUGCAAUAUAAUAACUACGUACGUAAAUCUCAAGAUAUACAGAUCUUAUUACCUGUUGUAUCUUGUUGUAUGUUUUCUUGUCUACUUCUUUUGAAUCUUUAGCUCCUUAUAUAGAGGGAACAAAAGAGACGUUGGAAGCUUUCUUGCACAAGUAUCUUUGCUGAAGAAGCAAUUUCCAAGAGAGAGAUAGAAAGAGACAUUGGAGUAGGUACGAUUAGGAUUUUCAUCUUCUGAAUAAUCUCCUUAUCCAUUGUAUCUUACUCAAGUAAGGCGACCAUAGGCUUGCUAUAGUAGACUGAAGAAAUUGUGUCACACAACUUUGAGCCUUGCGCUAAAAUCUCUAGUUGACUUUCUCUAUAAUUAUAGCAGUUAAUAAGAUGGAGUUUCUUUUGCAUAGAGUACAAAACAAAAGGCGUUGUACUACAUUUCCAACUUAUUAGAGGCUGAGUCAAUAUGGCACUGAGGUUCUAUUUGAAAAUUAAAUUUUGAUCCAUUAGAAUCUGAAUUAUAUACUUCUUCUUUGCAAGUCAUUUAACUGGGUCAAAGCCUAGUUAAUUACUAGCUUAAUGAUUCUGCACACUUAAACAAAUGUUAUUAUACCCUAUUGUUCUUUAAAUACUUUGUUAUCAUCAAAACCCAAGGAGUAUGAACAAAUUUUGUUCCAACAUUACAUGUGGUUGAUAAUCUUCUCUUUGUGUUUCAUCACUUUACUCUUUCUAAAUAGAGAUAAGUGGAACUGCAAUCAUACAAAAGAUGAUAUUUUCUUUGUUGCCUCUACUUAUCAUGUCCAAUUAGACUUCAUUAUCCUUUCUCUCUCCUCUAAUUUGGUUGAUAACUCGACCUUCACCCUAAUAUGGAUCAAUUGGGCCCCCUUCUAAACAAGUGGUAUUUUCUUGGUAGCUUCUACAAGGUAGACUAUGUUAUAGGGAUAAGUUAUUCAAAUAAAGGUUGAUUAUUGAUUCUAAUGGGGAUCUCUUUCCCCGUAUCUGGGGGUUUGAUUGAGUCAGCUUCUCAUCUCUUUGUUAAUUGUGAGUUGGCUUUGUCAGUUUGGUAUAUAAUCUUUUAGUGGUUAGGCUCAUAGGUGGUUAUCCUAGUGAUCAUAGACUUAUGUUUGAAUUUUUCCUCUCUUUAGAUGGUAAGGCUAAGUUUAGCGGGGGGGAGGGGUUUAUAUGAUUUGGUGUGCCGUUUUGUAGCAUAUUUUGAGGAUUUGUAACAAUGGUAUCUUUAACGGUGUUUAAACGGUUGUGAAAGAUGUGGAGGAAAAAGUAUUCUUUUUAAUUUGAACAUAUUAUCUAAGUAGAGAAGGCAGACUUGUAUACUUUCUAGGUUGUGUAGUCUAUUUGGAAGGUUCGUUACGAUGAUAUAUUUAACGGUGUUUCAAUAAGUGUGAAAGAAGUGGAGGAGAAAAGUAUUUUUUUUAACUUGAAAAUAUUUUCUAAGUAGGGUAGAGACAAACCCAUGUAUAUUUUGCAUUGCCUUUAGAAUCCUAUCAUUUUCCUUAACUAAUAGCAGAUCGAGUAUUUUGUCUUAAUUUCGAGGUUGAGAGCGGUUUGUGAUUUUUGGUUCUUUCUUGGCAUUCUCUGAUCUGUUGAUGGUGGUUUUGAAAGUCUGAGGUUUUAAUCUAAACCCUUGGAUUGAGGUUUUCACCUAGUUCAAUGUUUUUUCCCUGUAAGAUCCACCUGAGUUUUUAGUUACACAUAUGCUUAUUUAUUUUGGUUUUUUAAAUUGUAAUUUUGUUCAUCUUUAUUGUGGUCGGCUUAACACUCCUUAUACUAAUAUUUAUCUUUAUUUUUGUAUUUGGGUGGUAGCUUGUCUUUUAAUACAUAAUUUUUCCUUUAAAAAAACAAAAAAUUUUGAAAACAAAUUAUCUACCCAUAAAAACAAUAAAAAGAUACAAGAGUGUUCUAUAUUUAAAUAGGUCAACCUAUCUUAAUGCCUAUAAUUUUAUGGGAUUGAUGACUUAGCAUCUACUUAGCUACCAUGCAUUGCAUGCCUUCUAAUUUGUUUUGUUUUCUUAAACUUGUUAAAUCAAAACAUAUGACAUCAUAAGGGAUGGACCAUCUUUAACUUACAAAAUUAAAAUAAAAUUAUUCAAGAACCAAUGAAUGUGUUGAUUUAAUUAUUUUUGUAUUUGUUUGUUAGUUACCAAUAACGACAUAUUCUUUAAGACAGUUAUACCACACACAUUUCUUCUGCCUAUUUAAUUAUAGAAACAUUAAAUAUAAAUAUUAGUACACCAGACGAUGGAUAAGGUAUUUUAGAUGUCAUUAUAAAUAUGAUUUUUCAUACAACUAUCAUAUUAUAAAAACUAAUAGUGCAACUAAGGUCCUCAAAUGGAGCUGUCACACGUGGCACAAGAUGACACAUGUUUUGGUUUUUCUUUUGUAUCUGUUCACCACCACCACCACCACUAGUAAUGGAUUUGAAUAUAAACCCUAUAAUUCUAUUUGAGCAAGAUGAGUCAGAUACACGACAUGCAUAUAGAAUAUGUACGAUAGUCUUUUGUUUUUAUAUGGAAAAUUCAACAAGAGAUCAAUCGACCUUAAUAUGUAACUUGUGUUUGGUUAUGCGGUAAAUAUUAUUGAUUUUAAAUAAAUUGAUUUUAGUUAAAAUAAAUUUAAAAUUAUUAGAAUAUAGAAGUCAUGGUAAUUAUACUUACUUAUAAUUAACAUUGAUAAAAGUUAGUUAGGUUGAUAGAAAUUACACUAUAUAUGAUAAGCUUACAUGCUUGAAACACUCGAUGAAUAAAAUUAGAGAAUUUCUUUACCCACCUCCCUAUUUUCUUGGUCACCUCUGGUGAAAAACUCAAAAUACCCUUAUUUCGGAAAUGCAUUUCCGAAAUGUUUUUUUUUUCAAAAUUUGUCUUAUUUCGGAAAUGCACUUCCGAAAACACGAAAAAAAAGGUGUUUUCGAAUAUGCAUUUCCGAAAACACCUUUUUUUUUUGGGUUUUCGGAGAUGCACUUCCGAAAACAACCCUUUUUGGGAGAGGGGUGUCUUCGGAGAUGCAUAUCCGAAAUAUUCCAAGACCAAAUUGGUCUUGGAAUGUUUCGGAUAUACAUUUCCGAAAGAAUUCAAUAAUUAUUAAAAAAUUAAAAUCAAGGUGAAUCAAUACAAUUAAUAGGUAUAAAAUCAAGGUGAAUCAAUAAAAUGAAGGUGAAUCAAUAAAAUCAAGGUGAAUUAAAAUUUCCUAAACAAUUUUAAAGUUAAAAAUUAUUUUACUAACUUAUAUAAAUCUAAAAAAUUUAAUUUCAUAAGUAAAUUUUGAAUUAUAUAGAAUUAAAUAUAGAAUUUAUUCAUUAAAUAAAAUUAAGACAAAAUAUUUUUUUAAUUUUUUAAAAUUAAAUAAAAAAUUAUAACUCAUUUUUAAUUAUG